CUGAUGUUUCAUCCCGUUAACGUUUGUUUCCUGCCGACUUGUCCAACAGCAAAAAUGCUCCAACGGUGUUUUAUGUUGCUGCUUGUUGCCACGGCAGCUGUAUCUCUCGCAGCACCAGUCUCAGAGAUAACAACAACACUGCUAGAUGAAACAGCAAAUGGCUCCAAUGGACCCCCUCAAAGUAGCCCAUCCCAAGAUAUGAUCUCUGGAACUGAAACCGAUGACCAGUCUUACAAGAACUUGUUAGAGGGUGCAAGUGACAGCCAGCAGAAAGUCAGCAAGGCAGAGACUGAGGAGCAGUCAGAGGAGACAGUUGGAGAUGAUAGCUCACCAGAGGGGAACGUAGCAAAGAUUGAGGAGCAGUACGUGGAGAGAGACGGAGAUGAUAGCUCACCAGAGGGGAACGUAGCAAAGACUGAGGAGCAAUCUGUGGAGACAGUUGGAGAUGAUAGCUCACCAGAGGAGAACAUAUCAAUGACUGAGGAGCAGUCCUUGGAGAGAGACGGAGAUGAUAGCUCACCAGAGGAGAACAUAUCAAAGACUGAGGAGCAGUCCGUGGAGAGAGACGGAGAUGAUAGUUUACCAGAGGAGAACGUAGCCAAGACUGAGGAGCAGUCCGUGGAAACAGACAGAGAUGAUAGCUCACCAGAUGAGAAUGUAGUAAAGACUGAGGAGCAGUCAGUGGAGACAGACAGAGAUGAUAGCUCACCAGAGGAGAACGUAGCAAAGACUGAGGAGCACUCAGUGGAGACAGACGGAGAUGAUAGCUUACCAGAUGAGAACGUAGCCAAGACUGAGGAGCAGUCAGUGGAGACAGACGGAGGUGAUAGCUCACCAGAGGAGAAUGUAGCAAAGACUAAGGAGCACUCAGUCGAGACAGACGGAGGUGAUAGCUCACCAGAGGAGAAUGUAGCAAAGAAUGAGGAGCAUUCAGUGGAGACAGACGGAGAUGAUAGCUCACCAGAGGAGAAUGUAGCAAAGAAUGAGGAGCAUUCAGUGGCGACAGACAGAGAUGAUAGCUCACCAGAGGAGAACCUAGUAGAGACUGAGGAGCAGUCAGUGGAGACAGACGGAGAGGAUCGCUCACCAGAGGAGAACGUAGUAGAGACUGAGGAGCAGUCAGUGGAGACAGACGGAGAGGAUCGCUCACCCGAGGAGAACGUAGUAGAGACUGAGGAGCAGUCAGUGGAGACAGACGGAGAUGAUAGCUCACCAGAGGGGAACGUAGUAGAGUUUGAGGAGCGAUCGGUGAAUACAGCUGAAGAUAAUACACCAGAUGAUAGUCGGGACAGAAGUCUAGAGAUUAAUAAAAUUAGUAAUGAAGACAACUCUGAUAUUGUGACCGUGAAAAAUGGCUCAGACAACGCAGAGGAAAUUGAUCAUCAUGUUCCAGAAACUGCCACUUCUACUGAAGCACCAUCCACUGACCAACCUGACGACUCUAUUGCUGCAAAGGUGACAUACAUAGUUGUCUGAUCUGUGGAGGCUCACCAACUGCAGAGCCAAAACUACAGUGGAAUUCAGUUUCCAUGACAACAACAGCAACAACAACAACACGCUAAACUGCAACUAAACAGCAACCUUCAGCAUCCUGUUUGUUUUCACUCUUCAUUAUUCCUGAUUAGUUGUCUACAUUUUAACUUUUUCACCAAUCGAUUGUCUGUGUGCUUGUCCUUUAAUCAGUCUCUCUUUCUGUCCCCCUCUCGUGAG